AUAUUGUAUUGUUGUUUGAUAUGUAAUUAUAAUUUACUAAUUUAAAUAGUAAAUAGUUUUUUUUGUGUCGCACACUUGUUCUUUUUUCGCGUUAUUUAAUUAAAUUUAUUGAUUCAUAAAUUUUGAACGUUCUUUUAUUAUGGAUUCAGAGCAGUUAUUAAAAUGUUUGGAUACUAAAGGUUCCUUUAGCACAUGGGACUUCAGUAAAGAAAAUAAUAUUGACCAUCAAAAAAUUAUUGGUGUUGUUAAAAGCAUAUUGGCUUUGGGGAAUAUAAUUACUGCUGAUCCAGUGACAAGCAAAUAUUGGGAACUUACUGAUGAAGGAGAAUCGGUUUUAUUGAAUGGUAGUUAUGAAGUAAACCUGUAUAACGCUAUUCCGUCUGAUGGAAUACCUCAGAAGGAAUUAAUGUCGAUACCAAAUGCAAAAAUUGGAUUCAGCCAAGCAAUG